AUUUCUGUGCGUAAUUUCCGUUUUUUUUUGUGUUAACAAAUUCCUAACUGAUUAAUUUAGAAAUAAACCCUUGAAUAAAACUGCGGCGUUUUCUAUCCGAUCCUCUAGCUCGUAACAAUAUGUGCAUUCAUAUAGAAUAUAACAACAUCAAGGGUCAAAGACAAGUUUUUUUAUUGGGGACAAACAGGCCUGAGUUAAGCGACACCGCCGCCCAGCCUCUGAAUGAAUUAAUCGUACAUUUACUCUGCCUAAAGGCUCGUAAGUGCGUUGCUAACCUUAUUCUUCGUACCUCAAUGUAUUCUCGUUUUAUACGAAACACAUUUUUCCCAAACUAUGGAAUUUACACGGUUACGUAAACAGUAAUUAUCAAUCUAUAAGUUCAAAUAUACUUAAAUAUUCUUUGUAUAAUUAAAUACUGUAUCUAAUAUGGAGAUAACAUUAUAAUGAUAACAGUAUAAAGGAAGUUGAAUUUGUCCAUUGUUGUCUUGUGUAUUUAGGAGUCGCGUAUAACGAACGGUGUAAUUGAUGUAAACGUUUUUCUUGUAUAUAAAAUGUUUACAAUUAUAUUAUUUACAUUAGUAGGGAUAUUAUGUUUAGUGGAAUUGUUCGUUAAUUAUAAUGAAAACGCUAGAACUAUAAAGAAAAUUCCGGGCUUCAAAGAUGUAUUUUUCUUUGGAAAUUGCACUGUUGUUUUUGGAAUGGAUUCAGUCGGGUUGUUCAAGUUAGCCAGGGAAAGUGCUAAAAAAUUCAAAGGAAUUUUUAGAUUCUACAGUUUAUCCUUAGCAGCAGUUAAUAUUUUUAAUCCCAGUGACGCUGAGAUUGUCAUGUCAACUAUGAAGCAUCAUGAGAAAAGUAUUAUUUAUAAAUUCUUCAAACCGUGGCUUCAUGACGGUUUAUUAGUUAGCAAAGGAUCAAAAUGGCAAGACCGAAGAAAAAUACUUACAUCAGCAUUUCAUUUCAACAUAUUACGCAAAUAUUUUCUCAUAAUUGAAGAAAAUAACCAGAAGCUGGUGAAUGUAAUGGAAGAAAACAGUGGGGAACCCGUCGAUAUCGUUCCAAUAUUGAGCGAAUACACCCUUAAUUCUAUAAGUGAAAGUGCAAUGGGGGUAGAGCUUGACAACGACCCCAUGUAUUCAGGACUUUCUUACAAAAACGCAAUAUACGAAACAAUUAAAAUUUUUGUUUAUCGUUUCAUGCGAAUUUACCUCUAUCCAGACUUUUUGUUUAACCUGAGUCCUGCUGGCAUCAAACAGGCGCGAUAUUUAUCGAUAAUUCAUACGUUUAUCAGAAAUGUUAUUAAUAAGAGGAAACAAAAUUUUCAAAAUAAUGAAAAAGAGAGUGACACCUUAGCUGAUAAUGAUAAUUAUGUUUAUAAGAAGAAAAGACGUGCAGCAAUGUUAGAUUUGCUGAUCUCGGCUGAGAAGGAAGGACUUAUUAACGAUGAUGGGAUUAUAGAAGAAGUUAACACUUUCAUGUUUGAGGGUCAUGAUACUACAGCGGCCGGUUUGACAUUUUGUUUAUUGACAUUAGCUGAGAAUCAAGAUGUUCAGGAAAAAGUAUAUCAAGAAUUGCAAAGUAUAUUUAAUGGAAGGGAUGAUCUUACAUUAGAAGAUUUAACAAUGAUGAAUUAUUUGGAGCGAUGCAUAAAAGAAAGUAUGCGAUUGUACCCGCCUGUUCCGUUUAUUAGUCGUACUUUGAGUGAAACUGUUAAAUUGAGUAACUACACGGUACCUGUAGGAACUAUGUGUCACAUUCACAUAUUCGACAUGCAUCGCCAGGAAAGCUUAUUUAAGAACGCUGAAAAAUUCGAUCCUGACCGCUUUCUGCCUGAAAAUAGUGUUGGACGACAUCCUUACUCGUAUAUCCCCUUCAGUGCAGGACCUAGAAAUUGUAUAGGUCAGAAGUUCGCAAUGAUGGAAAUGAAGUCAGCACUAUCAGCCAUACUGAAAAAUUACAAGCUGUUACCAGUUACAACAUCAAAAGAUCUUGAGUUUAUAGCUGAUUUAGUUUUACGAAAUUCAAAACCUAUAUACCUUAAGUUUAUUAAACGACAUUGAUGAUUUAA